AAUUCCCCCCCCCCCCCAAAAAAAAAGGCCUGCAGUAUGUUCAGUUCGUCAAGGGGGUUCUCUGUGCCAAGUCUCAUCCCGGUCCAUUAUCGGUGGGGUUCGGAGGGCCUUUUUAUUGCAGGUGAACUAUCAAGCGAAGUACCUACAACUAACAAAUGUCAAGGCCAAUUCCUCCCAAAUCUGCCAGUGUUCAAAUUUGUGCAUAUUUGGUAUGCGUGCCAAAUUUGGAGCAGAUCCAUUGUUGUUUGCAUUUACAGUGCUCUCUGGAUGUAGGUGGACUAUAAUUCCUAUAAAUCAAGCCGAAUUUUUCCCAAAGCCCUCCUGCGUUUUUGUUAGUGGGGUUUUUUUGUGCUAUGUUAGGUCCAGGGCCAUCGUUGGUGGGGUCUGGAGUGCUCUUUGAUUGCAGGUGAACUAUACAUCCCAGCACCCACAACUCCAAAAUGUCCAGGUCAAUUCCCCUCCAAACUCACCAGUAUUCAAAUUUGGGCAUAUCAGGAAUGCAUGCCAAGUUUGGUCCAGAUCCAUCAUUGUUUUGGUUCAUAGGGUGUAGGUGAACUACAUAUGAACUACAACUCCUAUAAAUCCCUCCAAAGACUUCCAGUAUUUUUUGUUGGUCAUGAGGGUUCUGUGUGUCUAGCUAGUUCCAGGGCCAUCGUUGGUGGGGUCCAGAGUGCUCUUUGGUGGCAGGUGAACUAUAAAUCCCAGUACCUACAACAGCUUUGGUGAAUUCCCCCAAAGCUCCCCAGUAUUUUUCAUUGGUCAUGGGAGUUCUGUGUGCCAGAUGUGGUCUAGAACAAUUGUCAGGGGGGGGGGAAUCACAGUGAUGUGACAUGUUGCAUGGUGAACUACAACUUCCAUCAUGUGGAGUAAAUCCCCCAAACUCCUCCAGUAUGUUUAGUUGCUGCUGUUUGUUAUGCAGAGUUGAAAAGAGUAGGAAAGGGUCAAGGGAGAGGCAGUGGGUAGGAUCAUGCAAAUUUUACACCAAUGGAGAGAGUAAGGAACACUGGGAUGCCUGCCUGUGGUGGAGGAAACACGUAAAAUCUAGGUUGAAAUUGUUCCCGAAUGAAAAACCUCAUUGGGUGGUGGGUCAUAAUGUUUGGGGAGGACAUUGGCAGGGUUUGGGCUACAUGUUCAUGGUGCUCACUAUAACCUGAAAUGUCAUUGAAGGGAGUGUUUUUGGUGGGUACUUAGUAGGGUUGUCCAAAAAUUCGUUAUGAUUCUUAUAUUGGAAUUAUUUCGGAUUGUUCUCGCUUUUUGAAUCGAGUUCUGAGACGCUGACCCUGGGCGCAACUGACAAUGUAAUUCGAACCAUCGUUGGCCCAUUCUCUAAUUGUGUCUUAAUGUUUUGUUAAAUUUUUCCCCCUAAAAAAUGUUUUUUAAUAUAUUUUUUUAAAAAAAAAAUUUAAAUUUUUUUUGUUCCUGCAACCUACCUUGAAUGGGAGCCUAGCGCAGCCUAAAAUGGCUGCUGCUCCCAGGCUAAUCAGAGGCUUCCACGAUGGAAAGGUAGGGGCUAGCGUCCUCUGCAUCCACAUGGAAGAUCUCCAUAAAAGCCCCCUCCCUAGCCCUGGCGAGCCAUUCUGGGGCUGGGUUUCCGAGCGGAGAGGGUGGUGCGCUGCGCAAGCAAACAAGCCGCCUGCAUUGAGGGGGAGAGGGUAAAGUUCUGGCUGUAGAGAGACAGAGGGGUUUGGGUCUGGUAAGGGUUUGGGCUUCUAUUGCUGGUUCGAGAUUGUGUAUAUUUUUUGGCUAAUAAAUAUUGCAUUGGCUUGGGGCUUGUGGGAUCUGGCAAAGAGUCCUUGCUUGAAAAGAGGCAUUAGGCAAUUUAUAGUUUCCAAAGGACGUGGGCACUCCUGCCAAGGCAUUGCUCCCCUCACACUCCGUUUCUAAUCUCAAGCCUUGGGCUGAGUUUUAUUUCUGCAAUCACAAAGUCAGACAUUGAUUUGAUUCAAUAGAGGGUCCACAGUAAUUUAUAGUUUCCAAAGGACAUUGCCAAUCCUGUCAAGGCAUUGCUUGGCGUGUGCUGCGUUUCUAAUCCAAAGUCCUCGGCCAGAGUUUUAUUUUUGCCAUCACAAGGUCAGCCAGGGACACCAUCAAUCAAUAAGGUCCAAGGCAAUUUAUAGUUUCCAAAGGACAUUGCCAAUCCUGUUAAGGCAUUGCUUGGCGUGUUGUGCAUUUCUAAUCCAAAGUCCUCAGCCAGAGUUUCAUUUUUGCAAUCACAAGGUCAGCCAGUGGCACCAUUGAUCAAAAGGUUCAAAGGCAAUUUAUAGUUUCCAAAGGACAGUGGCACUCCUGCCAAAGCAUUGCUUGGCAUGUGCUGCGUUUCUAAUCCAAAGUCUACACAAGUAGAAGAGGGACUUUUACAGUGAUAAGAACCCAAUUGAAUAGGAAAUAAGACUUUCAAACCAGGAACAGGUUUCUUCAAAUAUUAAAAAAUAGUGUAUUAUAAAAAGUUAUGAAAAUUCGCCAAAAAUCAUAGGAGACAGGGAACGUUCUGCAAUUUAUUGAGAAAAGAAUGUUGAAUGUGAUCUCCCACUGUACCAAAUUUGAUGAGGAUAGCUCAAGAAAUGAGGGUGGGGGAGCCCUGUAAAAGUCCCUCCUGGUUUCCUUUUUUUUGGUGAUUGCGCAUGCGCGUCCACCAUUUUAGAAACAUUAAGAAUCAUUACGAAUUUUCAGAAAUAUCUGAAAUUUUUGGGUGAAAAAUUCGGAAAUACUUUCUAUAUCGAAGCGCCGGCACCCCCUACUUUAGAAACGAGAAUUGAAACAUUUUUUCCAUCGAUCGGACAAGCCUAGUACUUAGCACUGUUGGUUGUAGCUGUUUGUGGAGGCAAAAGACUGUAUGUGAAAGUGGACACUUCGGUCACAUACACACAUACAGAUUUUCACUUUUAUUAUGUGUAUAGAUAGAUGUAGAUAUAGAUAGACUAGCUUUGGUAUCCAGUGAUGGCUGGGUGAUGUAAUUUGCAAUGAUAAAUAUUACAAGCAGUCAUUUUUUAAAAGUUAUGAAUGAUUUUAUUUGGAAAUGUACAAAGAUGUGGGCAAACUACUACUUCCGUCAUCAUCUGUCAGUGCCCCCAAACCCCAACAGUGCUUAAAAUUGGUCAUGGUGGGAAUGUGUGCCAAGUUUGGUCCAGAUCUGUACUUGAUGGCGUUCACAGUGCUCUCUGGAUAUGGGAUGAACUGCAACUCCAAUCAUCCCUCAAAUCACCCCCAAACUCAAUUGCCCCCAAACUCCUAGACUAUGUAAAGUUGGUCAUGAUGGGUUGUCCACCAUGAAAGCUAAUGGGAUUUACAUUUUCCCUUGAUCUUUGGAGAUACCCUGGGUCCACUCAACCUCCAACGGCCAUCAUGGAAUCUCCCUUCCUAAGAACCUGUGAUGGUUCUUCUCCUCCUGGCCCCUCCCUCCACACUUCCAAGGUUACUAUAGGAACAGAAAUAAACAAUUUCACAUCUUCAUGAUCGUUCAACUGUCCACUCCUUACCGGACGCUCAAACAGCGAGAAGGUCAGGAGCUGUGGUCUUGGUCUACUGUUCAGAGAACUUGAGCAGAGCUUUGGAGACAACAUGGCAGGUAGGAAAGAGGGAUAUUUAGAUGAUCAGGUGGGUCACUGAAUCAUUUAUUCUCAGAAUUGACCCAAAUAAAUGCUCAGGGUUGGAGAAAGGAUGGGGUUGGGGUUGGAGAAAGGAUGAAGCCAAAGGAUGAAGACAGGUUAGAGAAGACAAAAUUCCUGAGAAUGUAUGCUCCAGUACAGGGAGCCAGGUUUGACAAUUAAUCAAUAGGUAAAAUAAAAGAGUAAAGCAGGAAAAAUCAGGAUUACAGAGCACAGAGGUGUCCCAGAAUGGCCAGCAGGACUUUGGUUGGACAAAGAGUUCAGGAGGGGAUUGAUUUGGCCAAGGAGGCAAAACCAAUUCCGAUUUGUGAAAUAGGGGGAGGGACACUUAAAAUGGAGAAGAGAAGAAAAGCAAUGGCUAACAAGGCAACAACUUUAUAUAAAUGUUUUCUAGAUGCUAUAGAAGGUUAUUUUGCUUAUUGGUGGAAGGGGUAAAAGUACUUAAGUGCCUUUGGAAGAUACCAGGAGGCUUGGGACCCUGACUUUGUGGGAGUGUAGUCACUUAAGGGUGAUCCCGGUGUCUCUAAAAAUGUACAGAAAUGUGCCUGUACUUAGAGGUCUUCAGCUGAUAGAGAGCACUCAGGAGUCUUGUUUUGGUUUGACUUUCUAGUCUUUUGGUUUGACUUGAGUUGUCUGUUAGACCUUCAGGCACCUUCUGUUCAACCCAGUCUGGCCAACUGACACUCACUGUAGAACCCUUUUUGCAUCAUAACAUUCUCUGCCUUCCCAGAAUCUUCGGGUUGCUAUGGUGACCUCAAAGGGUGUUGAGAUGGCCCCAGUUCUGUGGGUUCUUUUGAAUGCCGGCUGCAUGGAGUAGAUCCUAUACAGUUGUUUCCUCUUAGGAGUAGUCCAAGUAUCUCAUUGCUUCUUUCGGAUCCAGUGAGAUUACCUGGGGCACAAUCUCUUAGUGGUUUAGGCCAGGUGUCUCCCAUGUGGCUGAUUUGGAGACUGCUUUUUACACCUCUUUCUUUCUAUAUUACAGAUCAGACAACAAAUCAGCUGCCAGAAGAACCAGCUCAACCCAUCCUUUCAAUCCCCAAGGAACCCAUCACCUCUCACUAUGUUCCUUUCCCUCCACAGUCCUCCACUUCCCACUAUGUUCUUCCACAACCCUCCACCUCCUGCUAUCUUUCUCACUUUCCACAACCCUCCACCUCUUUCCAUAUGUCACACCCAUUGGAAUCACUUCGCUCACAAGGGGCAUUUAGAAAUUUCGGGAGGCUUCAGUACUCUACCCGAGCCACACCUUACCCUAUUCAGCCAUCCCAUUUCCAAGAGGGAAUGGGCCUGAUUUUAUACCCCCAGCCCCCCUUGCCCCACAUUCCCCUUCCAGAGGGCUAUUCCUCUCUACGUAGGCUUCUCUUCCCACACAUUCCAACUAAUAGCAUGACUUCUCUUCUGGAACAGGAGGAACCAAACCCUCCCCAGAGACCUCAUCCCCCUCUUUCUCCUCCCCCUCCCCCACCUCCUCCUCCUUCUCCCCCACCACCACCACCUCCUCCUCCUCUUUCUACUACUACUACUACUACUACUACUACUACUACUAUGAAGGUGGAAGACUUUAAAGCCUCAAUCUCCUCUUCUCAAAACCUCUCCUCAGGCUCUGAUGGGGAGAAACAGAAAAAGUGGGACAAGAAACUGGAUGAGAAUCUAGGCAGGAAAAGAAAGCUCAUAUCAAAUGGAGAGACAUCUGAGGGAGUACCAUGCAAAAAAGAUGGGCAAGGGAAGAAUAGGGAAGCAAAGCCAACAUCUGCUGAUGCUGACAAGCCAGCCCCAAAGAGUAAUCUGGCACAGCAGAUGCUAGAAUCCAUCCAGGUUUUCCAUCCUUUGGGAAAGAAAUUCCCAAUCAUUCCAGCAAAGACGACCCUUCCAGACAAGAGGCCAUCUGGAGGAGUCUCAGAACAACUGGUGUCUGCCAUGGGAAGAGGAUGUGGGAAAGUAUUUCCCCAAAUACCACAAGCCUCGACCUCCACCACCACCUCAGCAGCAAGGCCAUCUGGCUAUUUCAUGCCUCAGCCAGAAUCACUCAAAAUGAAGCCACACCAGGUAAAAGAAACAGCACCAGAGUUUCUCUUCUCCCAUCCAGCCAUGAGGCUACCACAAUGCCGACCCUCCUAUGUACCAACAGCAGCCAGGCAGGUGCUUCAAUCCAACUUGCCCCCUUCUCAGCCUCCCCAAAUCAGCAGAGGGAGAGGGGCCUUCUCAAGAGCCACAGUAAUCCCUCCCAAAACUACUCCUGCAGUGGAGAAGAUAUGGAGACCCCCUAACAGACUAAACCCUCCAUCUCCACCUUAUAUUGGGGACACCUUCAUCCCCUGGAGCACCCCUGAUCCCACCAUGGAGGUCUCCCGACCCAUUACAGAGGAGCAGCGGCCCAUUCGGGAAUGGAUGAAGCACCUGGAACAGAAGGCCAGGGAGGAGGCGGCCUGCUGGACCAAGCUGGGCAGGGUCCGCUUCUUUGCACAGAGGGAGAAAGACCUAAGAUUCUCCAAUUAUUAUGGCUAUCCUGACAAGAACUUUAAAGAUUGAAAUAUAUUAAUCAUGGCAAAACUCUUAGCCAAUUGGAUUGGAUCCAAUCUAGUUGUCUAUAUUUGAUGUAUUAUAGUGCACUUUAAUGGUAUUUAUUUUAAUAUUGUUUUAUGUUGUACUUUUGUAUUGCUUUUAUUUAUUUAAAUACAUAUAUAAAUAAAAUAAAUAUUUCAUUA